UUACGGCGUCGGUUUGCUGCUUGUGACAAACACCACAGGAACUUUCUCCUCCGGUGACGGCUUAUUUUUGGAGACUGUAAAACGGAUAUUCGAAGAGAGUGAACUUGUUAAAUAGCGUUUGUUAGUAGUCGCAGAAGCUGUAAUGAGUUUCUUCCACUUGCUUUAACACGGCUUUUCCAGUGUGAGCUACUGGACGCCUUCUAAGGAGGCUCACUUCACUGAGAAGCAUCAGUGGACACGUUCAACACAUCUGCACUGCUGUUUUCAUGAUGACUCGUUUAUCACUUUGGUGUUUGUUGUCCAAGCCGCCAUUUUUUCUCAAGCAGUUUCUAAAAGGAAGAUAAUUUAUUGGCUCAGUUUCUGACACUAAGGAGACUUUUUGCUACUGGCGCUUUAUAAACUCACCUUUCUGGACUAUACUUUUCUGUUGGUGCUGCUGAGUCAUAGAAAAUGUGGGCUUCCUUCUUUGUGACGGACGAGGAGGGCCGCACGAUGAGUCCGGCGGCCCCGGGGCCGGUGGGAGGCCCAGCGCCCGGACCCGCCCAGGGUGCGGCCGGUCUGGCCGGACUGAUGAGUGGACGGAGCACGUUUGGAGGCACCAAGCGUCGCAGGACCACGUCAGCAGGUCACGGCAUGAGCGAGGCCCAGGAAGGAAAGAUCAAGCUGGCGUUCUUUGUGGCCAUCGUGGGCAUGGUCCUGACGGUGCUUGGGGUCGGGACGGAUUUCUGGGUGGAGCUGUCACCCCAAAAGACUUUCUACAACAACCAGACGUGUGUGACGGCUCAUUUCGGCCUGUGGAAGGGCUGCACCAAAACCCUGUGGGUGUCUGAUAUCGACCCAGAGAGGAAGAGCUGUGGACCUGCGGAACUGCCUGGAGUUGACUCAGAUUCCAACUGCACCAACUUCAAGUUUUUCACCUCAGGAGAAAACGCGGUGAUGUUUCAGAAGACGACCCAGAAGAAUCUGAACGUAGCGGCGGCCAUGUUGGCCCUGUUCAGCCUGUUCCUGAUGGCGAUGGGGUCCAUAUGCAUCAUCAUGUCUCUCAGUAAAGAAAUCCUGUUCUUCCUCAAGCCAGCGGCCGUCUGCUUUAUUGUGUCAGGCGUCCUGCUCUUUCUGUCUCUCAUGGUCUUCCACCAGGCGGUCCUGGCUCUCCUGGCCUCCGACCACGCCGUUCCUCUGCACCACGAGCUCUCCUGGUCGGCGUCGUGCAUGGGCUGCGCUGGGGCCGUCCUCGUGGUGGGAGGGGUCCUCUUCCUGCUGCUGGCGCUGCCCUGCAGCCUGUGGCAGCGGUGCUUCGCCCAGAAGAACGGCGCCAGCUAGUGCCUCGGAGGCGGCGCUGCACACACGCCCAACGACGUCUUAGCGAAGAGAAGGAGAUCAACAGAAACCUAAAUUCAGUCAUGUGAAAAAUGUGUUAACUGGGUGUAAAAAAUAUCCUGUUUUUAGUUUGUAGCUGUCUGGAUAAAAGUCCAUCGCGUCCAAAUGCUGGUUUGGUUUUCGCAGUUUGCUCAGGUGAAAAUACGUCUUGAUUCAGUUCAGGUGUGAUCUUCUUCUAGAGCCGCUUUUUUAUUUUCUGAAUUGGACGUUUUGUUGCUGAUGAGUCAGAGUCUAAUUAGCCACAGAUCGUAUAGCAUGAUGUCAUCACGCCUACAUCAGAGAUAAAUGAUGCUUAAAUUGAAGCUGUGACGUUUUUACCUUCAGUGUUUCAGAUGAUUGACGUUGAUCUGUCUGUGACCUCACUUUAUUAUUAAACAUGACCUGAAUCUCUGA